AUGUCCCGCCUCGCCAACUCCCUCCUCCGCUGCAUGCGCAGCUCAACACUCUCGCCAACACCCCUCAAACCAAGCAGACUCCCUAUCUUAUCCUACGCAUCCAUCCGCACCAUCCGCAGCGCCGCCGCCGUCGCCCAAGACCCUCACACCUCCAGCAACACCGCCUCCCCGCCUCCAGCCAGCAGCACAAUCCGCCUCGCCGACAACCCCCACCACCAGCAGCAUCAACCCACAGAAUCCGCCAUCGACAACCUAAUCGCCGAGCUUCCGCUCGUCCAGUCCCUCCGCCGCGACCCCUCCUACACCGAGUCGCGCCCGCACCGCGCCAUGAACCCGACGCACCGCCCCUCGCACUUCGUCGCAGGCACGCUAUCCGGCGCGCACAAGAUCACCGUGCCGCCGUUCGUGUGGAGCGCGACGCAGCGCAGCGCCGACUCCGGCCGUCCGCAGACCCGCCUCGUGUCUGUCUUCCAUGUUGGCGCGCAGCUCUGCGGACACCCCGGCUUCGUGCAUGGCGGCCUGCUGACGGUCAUGUUUGACGAGGCGUUUGCGCGCUGCGUGGCGACCUCGUUUCCGAGCGGCCUCGGCAUGACGGCGAAUCUGAAUGUGGAUUUUCGAAAGCCUGCGGUGCCGGAGCGGCUGUAUGUGCUGCGGGCGGAGACGGUCAAGGUCGAGGGGCGCAAGGCCUGGGUGGAGGGAUCGUUGACUUCGUUGCCGAGGCGUGGUGAGGACGGUGAGCCCGUUGUUGUUGCGGAGGCGCGGGCGUUGUUUGUUGAGCCUAAGUUUGCGGAUUCCAUGGUGUCGUUGUAUCGCCAGUGA